AUGGCUCCCCGGAGGAAAUCCCAAACUCCUACCCCCGAUUCGGUAUUGCAACAGCUGAAGAAACCGCAAUCUCUCAAGUUGCUUGCAAUAGCAGAAACUUUGUCACCCAAAGACAUUCCACAAGCGCAGAAGCGAAGCUCAGCAGUUUCCGAUGAUAGCGAGCAAAAUGGAGAUACACAUCCUGUGGCGUUAGAAGCAGAUUUAAGGCAUUACAAAGAGCUAUUCAGCAAGCUGCGAUUCAGCUACGUCGAACAAGUCACCAAAGAGAAAUUCUUGCGUGGCAUCACUGAGAAUCCCCCACGUCUUGUCGAAGCAUCCGAGAACGAAGAAAAGGAGAAAGAGAUUUUAGCGCAGAAGUCCAGCCUCAAGGAACACAAGUUGGAAAUCGCAGAGAUACUGAGGCAACUAGAAGAAAAGGGACGAGAGUUAGCAUUCCGAUAUGAGGGCGUGCAACUGCGCACGCAGCUAUUGGAAACCUUGCCUACGGAGAUCGAAGGACUUGAAGAAAAUAUCGAGAAAUUAAAGCAGGAGCAAGCGCCUCCUUCCAACAACCCCGAGCUCGCUAUGCCUUUGCCGGAAACCAUGACGCUAGUCCAACAGCGCGAGGCUGAACUUGCUGCACUGAACGUCCAGCUCUCAAAGCUUCAGUCUUCGCUGCCCAAUCGAUCGCGUGAGUUGGAGAAGCUGGAACGCGAAUUGAAGCCAUUAGAAACACAGAAACAAGGAACGGUUGCGGCAGCAAAAGAGGCAAGACGGAGGAGAGAGGAAGGUGGCGGGAUUGGCGACGAGCUCGAGGAACGAGGCCGAUGGCUCAGAGCUUCUGAGAAGGCAUUGAAAGACAUGCUGGAGGUCGAAGGAUGA